UUAUGGUCAGUCGAUGUCCGUCCACCUCCCCUCACGUAAUCGGACAGAUCGAGCGAUCGAGCAACGCAAAACCGACGCCCUAGGACGCUGUGCGCCGGUCUCCGGUAUACCGGAUUGUAAAAGUUCGUCAAAGAAUCAUCCUAUUUAUUUAUACCCAUUAUUUUAUUACACGUAUGGAAUUGAAACACCGUUGAACCGACGAUUUCCUUGUACGCGACGAUUGCUGUAACGGAGGGAGAAGAGCUCAAAUCGCAACUGCGGUAUUUCUCAGGAAUUGGGAGAACAGCCCUGGGGACACGUAAUCGUUAUGGCAGAUGGUUGGAAGAGAGUUUUCGUAACCGGAGGCGCCGGUUACAUCGGUAGCCACUGCGUUGUCGAGCUUAUCGAGAGCGGUUACGACGUUGUAGCGAUUGAUAAUUUUGCUAACAGCGUAAUCGAGGCCAAUGGUGAAUCCUCAGCCCUGAAGAGAGUCGAACAAAUAACAGGGAAGAAGGUGGACUUCUACAACUGCGAUCUCAUAGAUAAGAAAAAACUCGAGGAAAUAUUUAACAAGCAAAAAAUAGAUUGCGUUAUCCACUUUGCGGCGAUCAAAGCUGUUGGAGAAUCCAUGCAGGUCCCUCUGCACUAUUAUCGGAAUAAUGUCAUAGGAACGAUAAAUUUACUGGAGGUGAUGAAGGCUGCCGGGUGUUUUCAGCUGGUGUUCAGUAGCUCCUGCACGGUCUACGGAGAACCGAACAGCCUUCCCAUCACCGAAGAUCACCCUACAGGGAAUAUAACGAACGUUUAUGGACGGACCAAGUACUUCAUAGAAGAAAUGCUCAAAGAUAUAUCUAGAGCGGAAAAGAAUUGGAAUAUCGUGUCACUGAGGUACUUCAAUCCCGUUGGAGCCCAUCCUAGUGGAUUAAUAGGUGAGGAUCCUACAAAGGCUUUUGCGAACUUAAUGCCCUACAUAGCACAGGUUGCCAUCGGACACAAACCGGAACUGACUAUAUUCGGGGGUGAUUAUCCUACCGAGGAUGGAACAGGAAUUCGGGAUUAUAUACAUGUUAUGGAUCUGGCAUCCGGGCAUGUUGCAGCUUUAUCAGCUCUUAAGAAAAAACACUUGCGGUUAAAGACGUACAACCUGGGCACUGGAAGAGGCGUGUCAGUUCUCGAAUUAGUUAAAACCUUUGAAAAAGUGACGGGCACCAGGGUACCUUACGUAAUCCAGGACCGGAGAGAAGGAGACAUUGUCUCUAUGUAUGCAAACGCGAAUUUGGCUCGGGAUGAACUGGGAUGGACGGCGAAAUACGAUGUCGAACAAAUGUGCAAAGACUUUUGGAGGUGGCAAACUGCGAAUCCUUCUGGUUAUCGUGCACCCUUGAAAAAUGGUAAAUCUUGAAAAGUAAUUUUACAAAUAUCAUCCAAUUGUGCCACAGAGAGGGCGAAUUAAUUUUAGUUAUUAUAAAUAUCAUUAUGAUUAACAUGAAGCAUAUGAGAAAUUAAAUUUUGAAGGAAUAA